CUGGGGGAGCUAAAGAGACGCUGCUCCGACGGCUAUCUACGCGAUAUGUUACAAAACCACGCGAUAGUGACCAUUUAGAAUUCCCGAAAUAUGGCGGCGGUGGACCCUCCGGAAGAAGCUAGUCUGCAGUCUCGCAUCAACAAGGCCACAAACCCUCUGAAUAAGGAGACUGACUGGGACAGUAUCCAGGGAUUUUGUGAUCAGCUCAACAAUGAACCAGAAGGUCCCCAGCUGGCAACCAGACUUCUGGCCCACAAAAUCCAGUCUCCUCAGGAGUGGGAGGCUAUGCAAGCGCUUACGGUUCUUGAGACAUGUGUGAAGAACUGUGGGAAGCAAUUUCACAGUGAAGUGGGAAAGUUUCGCUUUCUCAAUGAGCUCAUCAAGGUGGUCUCACCCAAGUAUUUGGGUGCCCGGGCUCCAGAACCAGUGAAGAAGAAGGUUUUAGAAAUCAUGUACAGCUGGACUGUGAGGCUCCCAGAUGAAACCAAGAUAGCAGAUGCCUAUCAGAUGCUGAAAAAACAGGGCAUUGUCAAGCAGGAUCCAGUGCUUCCUGAUGAAAAGCCUUUCCCACCCCCUCCACUCAGAGCCAAAAGUGCCAUCUUUGAGGAUGAGGAGAAAUCCAAGAUGCUGUCUCGCUUAUUGAACAGCACUCACCCAGAAGAUCUAAGAGCAGCAAACAAGCUCAUUAAGGAAAUGGUCCAGGAGGACCAGAAGCGCGUGGAGAAGGUAUCAAAGCGAGUGAAUGCUAUCCAGGAGGUGAAGGAGAGCGUCAGCCUGCUGAGCCAGCUGCUGGAGGGCUACAGCAAGGAGAACAGCUCCCAGAGCAACCAGGAGCUCAUUAAGGAUCUUUACCAGCGCUGUGAAAAGAUGAGGCCUACACUGUUCCGGUUAGCAAGUGAUACAGAAGAUAGUGAUGAAGCUUUAGCGGAUAUUUUACAGGCCAAUGACAGCUUGACACAGGUCAUUAAUCUGUAUCGACAGCUGGUAAAAGGGGAGGAGGUGACAAAAGAUGCUGUGCCCUCACAACCAGGCAGCAGUAGUUCAGCACUCGUAGACCUAAUGGGACUUAACGCAUCGGCCAACCCUGAGCCCUCCAGUGUACAGAACAUGGGCAUCAGCCUCUUGGACGAUGAACUCAUGUCUUUGGGGCUGAAUGUAACAGAAAACUGCGACUCCCAGAAUGCUUUUCAGUCCUCUGAUAGCACAGAACCGUCUGCUGCAUCGGUGCCAGCUGCAGUGUUGGUACCAGCUACGGUCCAAACGCAGCAGGCUCCACCAGCAGGGGGCUCCACUGCUCCUCCUAAAGCCAUGGAAGAGCUGGAAUUGCUGGGCAAGACCUUGUUACAGCAGUCCCUACCACCAGAGAGCCAGCAGGUCAAAUGGGAUAAACUUCAACCUCAGUCCAGAGUCACCUUAAGAGAUCUGCAGACCAAAUCCAGCACAAACUCCAGACCCACCCCUACUGCGGCCAUUCCUUCACAGCAGCCCGACGUUCUCCUCCUCUCCAAUCUCAGUGUUACAGCUGCUGGAAAAGGCUCAGUACUUAGUGCUGACCCCAGCAACAACAUCUCUCUUUCUGACGUUACAGUGCCUCUGGAAACUAUCAAACCGGGCACCUUAUUACCACUGACUGUAUUCGACAAACACAGCCUCCGGGUGUUGUUCACCUUUGCCCGUGACUGUCCUCCGUCACGGCCUGAUGUGCUGGUGGUGAUCAUCUCUGUGCUGUCAUUGGCCCCCAUUCCUGUCACCAACAUCCGCUUUCAGGCAGCUGUACCCAAGGUGAUGAAAGUAAAACUGCAGCCGCCCUCAAGUACAGAGCUCCCAGCGUUCAACCCUGUCCUGCCACCAGCUGCCAUCACACAGAUCCUGCUAUUGGCUAACCCUCACAAGGAAAAAGUACAUUUGCGGUACAAACUGACAUUCAACCUGGGGGGAAAGUCUUAUGAUGAAUCUGGGGUUGUCGACCAGUUCCCAUCUCCAAACACUUGGGGAAACCUUUAGCGAGAAGGACCACACUCCUGUCAUCGAUGUGCUGCUGCUUCCUUUAGAUUUCAGCUGAAGUUGUCCCUCAUCGCUGGCAGAGGCACGAUGACCUCUUUAUACUUCACUGGUUUGAUAAUACAAACUGACAUGAGACCAGUUGUGGGAACCAUCUUCUACCUUGUGCCUUCCUUCACAGCCUUCCUGUCCUUACUCGAUCAUUUCAGUUUUCCUGUGUUUUGUAGCUUGGUUUUCUUCCAUUAGCCCGACCCAGCAAUACAGAGUAGGCUUUAGAUACGGUGACUCAGUGCAGUGACUUUUGGGAACAAAAGUUGAGCCCUUUAAAAAACAAAUGUCUGCAUCUGUUUGAUUUCCAUACUGUUAGUCCCAUGUAAUGUGAAUUACAUGUAGCAGCUGGUGUCUGUAUUAUGUCAGGGUUUUUUUUUUUCUCCUUAAUCUAAAGCAAGUGUCUGGUGCAUUCCUAGUUUAGGAUUCAAAAUAUUGCACAUUCAGUGUUGUCUCAAUCUACGUAUCCCAUGUUAUCUUUGCGUGUUCAUUGUAUGGUUGCAACAGAUAAUUUGCUUUGUUCACUAAUAUUGUUUUCUGUUAAACUGUAAGUCAGCUGAAUGCUUAAAGCAAUAUUAUGAGUGCUGAAAAUCCUUCCCAAAACAAAAAAACCCUGGUGUAUUGAAUUUGAUAUGGGAUACUUACCAUUUAAUGUAUCGAUUUGAAAUUAAUUUCCUAUCAAAUGAUGAAUUUAAUAAUUUGCUCAUUGUUUCUGCACUACUUCAGUGUACUUCAGGAAUAGGCGCGACAUUAUAUUCAAGUCAAACGAAUAUAAUGAAAACUUAUUUGUUGGGAACAGAGUUGCAUAUAAAAGUACACUAAUUGAGCAAAAUGCAACUGUCAGCUCCCACGUUAGAAAUCCUUAAGGAUGUUUUUCCUUUUGAUCAGCUAGAGACAGUAAUUAACUGAAAUGCUGUAAUAACGGUAAAAGCACAGAGAGAACCAAAUUAUCCCAGGAGCAAACCUAAUGAAUUGGCACAUAGGUUUAAAGUACUGACUUGGUUCUAGUAUGUCAUUUUUGGAAAAAACUGCAGUUGGGAGGUGUGUGUAUCCAAGCUGUGAUGAUAGGCCUUGUUCACAGCAGACAUCACAGCUGUUCCUAUUGAUGGAUGUUAUAAUCGAGAGAGUCUGUCAUCUGUUAUAAUGAAGGAAGGGCACUACGGCUGUGCCCCUUUAGCUUUUUAUUUAUUCCGUUCUUUUAUUGAUUUCCAAAUAUUUGGACACUAUUCAGCAUUGUUUGCCUCUGGAUUUUGAUUUGGAGAUUUAUUUAGCACAAUCUGAUGCUUCAUGCAUGCACUUUGCUUAAAUUUUGCACGUGAAUCCAUUUCCUGUCUCAGUACAUUGUCUUUUUUCUUGGGCUGCCUUUCUAUUUUUGUUUGACCUAAAGACGGACGUGAAGUCUGGAGUUGAAAUCACUGACAUCCAGUUUGAUUCUGCCGCACGUGCCUGAGAUGUUUGAGUUUCUUCUGCUUUGUACACACGCGUAUACACACACCGAUGACCAGUCUGAUCAUUGUUUUGGUGUUCAUGUGGUCACGCCCUCUUCAGAAAUGACCUGAUGAAACAAACGAGACAUUAGAAUGAUCUGAUUAUCCAUGGUCAUGGAGAACAGGGCUACGAUUACUCACUGAGCUCAUAAAGGCCAAAAAGAAAAUGUUAGGAGGCUGAUUGAUUCCACCUGAGAAUUAAACAUAAUCUGAAAUGCACAUGCAACUACAGUAGGAAUAGAGCUGGAGAUUCAGUUUAUAAUAUGAGGGAUCAAUUUUAGAAUGACCAUCUGAGUAAUACUGGUUCAGUUGCAACCCUUCUUGAAAGCAUUACACUUCAUAUUGUUGACCAACCCAAAAACAGUCCUCACACAGUGCCAUUGAAGAGUCUGAUGGGUUGAGUAACUCAGUAAUUACAUUUCAUAUGGCUUUUAUGCCUUUAUACAUUUACACUAUCAACUCAUUUAGGAUGGACAGAAAAGCAAUAAUGAGACAAUGAGGGAGGAUGAUAAAUGCUAUGUAUAGCUCUUCCAGCUUCUUGGUUUAAGGUAUUGAGCAAGUCAAGAAUCGUCAUUCCCGUCUGCCCUGAUCAUACUUGAGCUACAGCCACACACUACCAGCUGUGGCACAGUUGCAAUGAUAAGGAAAAAUUCACUUGCCUAAAACUUUGAACAAUAUACUCGUGUACUACCCCAUUUACUGUCAGGGUUGAGUAUUCACUGAGGUGCAUUUAUGGGUAUGUGCUUGACCUCUGUACUUGGUUUACAAUGGUCACCACAACAAGCAGACAAACGUUUAUCACUCAACUGUGCAAGCAAUGCACUUGCUUCAUAGAGUUUGACAGGAUGGAGUUCCCACGUUAACUAGGACUGUGGGG